AUGGAUGAAGCAACAAACAUUGGUUCUUUAUCGAACAAUAAAAAAGUGAAGAAAAAACGUGAAUUUGAUUUUUCGCAGCAUCCAAAACGACGGAUUGCUCUAAUGUUUAUGUACUUUGGUUGGGAAUAUAAUGGACUGGUUGAACAGCGAGAAAUUGCUAGAACUGUUGAGGAAGAAAUGAGGAAGGCUUUGAUAAAGACAAAACUCGUCGAAAAUUGGGAAAACUGCAGUUGGAAUCGAAGUGGUCGGACUGAUAAGGGAGUAUCUGCUUUUAAACAGGUUGCUUCUGUCAUUGUAAGGUCCAAUGAACCGGAAGGCGAAGGUGUUUUCUGGCCUAAUGUCGCUCAUGCAUCUUCUGAAACUGCUAUGAAAGGAGAACUUCAGUACGUAAAAAUGUUAAAUAGUACAUUACCAACUAAUAUUCGGGUGUUAGCUUGGGCUCCAGUUCCUCGAAAUUUCAGCGCCAGAUAUAAUUGCACCCAGCGUACUUACACGUAUGCUUUUCCAAGAACCAAUUUUAAUAUUGAGGCAAUGCGGCAAGCUUGUCAAUUUCUUGUUGGCGAACACGAUUUUCGUAAUUUCUGUCGCAUCGAUAUGAACAAGAAACGAGUGGAAAUGAAUUAUAUUCGCACCAUCACCUAUGCUGAUAUAUCAUUCAUAUCAAAUAAUUCAAUGUCAUCAUCGAUGAGGCUAAACGAUAAAGCUACUCAUUAUGAGUUCCUACAACUUACUAUCAAGGGAAAAGGUUUUCUUUGGCAUCAGAUUCGCUGUAUAAUGGCUUUGCUUUGUGAAAUUGGCCUCGGUAAUGAGAAACCAGAUAUUAUCACUGAACUUCUCGAUAUCAGACUUAUGCCGUCAAAACCAAUUUAUGGAUUAGCUCCGGCAUUUCCGUUAUGUUUAUUUGAUUGCUCAUAUGAAGGUUCGGAGCUUCCUUGGAGAUGGGAUAUUAAUUCACUGAAAUCUAUCAGAAAACUUGUCCUGAAAACCUGGGCUCAUUACCAGUCUCUGUCAGCGACAUUACAAAUUAUGGCUGAAAGCAUCGGUUUACUUGCACCAGUGUUACAAAAUGACUAUAGCGGUUUAAAUGACUAUCUGAGGCCGAAUGGAACUUCUACCAAAACAUAUGUACCUAUUAAAAAGCGGCCUACAUGUGAUGCUUUGGAAUUGAAGCAAGAAAAAAUUCGUACAAAAAUGCUAAAAGUCUUUGCUGACGGCUGCAGUAAUAGUGAUAUUAUGUCAUGA